GCUGAAGUGCUCACAGAUACGCGCAAACUCUCGAGGUCGAGUGAUAGAUGUGAGCCGUAAUCCCAGGUGAAUCAGAGCAGCCUUGAUGACGAAAGCCACGCGCUCGACGUGGCCGUCCACUUGCGACGCUCUGAUACAUGGACCCGACAGCUCAGGAUAUGUCAACUUGGGAACGUUCUGCUCCAUGGAUUAGUCAUCUUGACGGAGAAGUCGCGUGGAAUUCCUCCACACCCAUGUCGGGCCAGCUGUGUAUCCCUUCCGACGCAUUGGACGGUCUUGGACGCGAGCGCGACCAAGUCUUCGACAGCGAGAGUUCAGGAAGUCGGUGGUGUUGGUCACCGCGCGACGGGCUAUCGGCUGGCAAGGUGCAUUCUGGUCAACCACGGAGCAGGCUUGCCAAGGCGAUAGGGGUGGCGAACGGCGAUCUUCGCCCUGGUGGCACGUCGCGAAAGGUCGUGUGAUCUUCCGC